AACUACUCGUACCACAUGUAUGGUUCUGGUAUGGGAACAUUGAGGAUGCUGGUCCAGGUUGAUGGCAAUAAUACCGAGGUAUGGAAAGUAGGUGGUAACCACGGAGAUGGAUGGAUUAGAGGCAAGUACGACUUCGCGGCACAGAAAAACAACAACAAAAAUUGUGUGAUAUUCGAAGCUGCACGAGGUCCAACCUACACUAGUGACAUCGCCUUGGAUGACAUUUCUUUCACCGACCGCGUACCACCCAAACCAGGCACAUGUAACCGCGACCAAUUCAAGUGCAGAAGUGGAGAAUGCAUCAAAUCAAGCUUCGUCUGUAACAACGUGGGUGACUGCUCCGACAGAUCCGAUGAAGAAUACUGUCCCAAUGGUAAAUGUAGCCUGAAAGAGAUCUACUGCCCAGCGGAACAUAGUAGCCUGCCUCCGCAAUGA